AUGGAUUGGAAAAAUAUUUUAAAAAGAAAUAGAGAAUAUAUCAAAGCUAAGAAUAAAAUAAAGACCCAAGUUGAAAAUAACAGAUUACAACAACUCGGAUUAACGGAAAAUCUACAGACUCUAUUUCAACCCAUAUUAAAAUCUCAAGAGGAUAUUAAAAGGAAAUUAGAAUAUAAACCUCCUAUAGAACCUACACCUCCCAAAGCAAUUGAAUAUAGUGGUGUUAUAAUUAGGACAUUAGAUGAUAUAAAUCGUCUUUUUUCAAACCCUGACCCAGAUUUACCAAAGAGCAUAUCACCAAUCGUUGAUAAUCAAGGUUUAUUGUUUAAUGGAUUUAGAAUUAUAUUUAGUGGAAAUUCACCACAAUUCAAAAUCGACACAAAAGAUUAUAUAUACACAUUAACGAAAGGAUUAAUAGAUUUAAUGAAUGGCGAGGAUGUUGGUAUUGCCGAUUAUAAGGAUUUAGUAGCAUACUCCAAAUUUCUAGAUGCAAUAAGAAAGUCAGGACCCGAAAAAAGAAGAUCAAAAGAAGUUAAACUAUAUAAAAGAGUAAUUGAACGUGAUGAAGAGGAAUCAGAUGAUUAUGCAGAAGAUUAUCCACCAAUCAUACAAGAAAUAUACGAAUUCGAAGACCUGAUAGCUAGAGAAAAAAGUGGACAAGGUAUAACGUUUUUAUCCGACAACAACGAAGAAUUGCUUUAUAGAUUACGAGUAAUAUUAGCGGCCAUGAAGGAAGGACAUCGAUCGCACUGA